AGAAAUGUCUCUCCUGAAUAAGCUGAUCCGGAAGUCUCUUGUGGAAUCGAGUUAUCACGUGGAAAUUCUACAGCGGGAUCCCAAAUCACCACUGUUUUCUGUAACCACCUUUGAAAAGCUGCAUUUAAAGCCGGAACUAUUGCAAGGUGUUUAUGGCAUGGGUUUUAACAGGCCAUCCAAGAUACAGGAAUCCGCAUUGCCAAUUAUGCUUGCUGAUCCACCUCAAAAUCUUAUAGCACAAAGUCAGUCAGGGACAGGCAAAACAGCUGCAUUUGUUCUGGCUAUGUUGAGCAGAACAGACCCAGAGAAGGAAUUUCCACAGUGCCUCUGUCUCUCUCCCACCUUUGAACUGGCUAUUCAAACUGGACGUGUUGUUGAGAAAAUGGGAAGAUUCUGUGUCAACAUAAAUGUUAAUUAUGCUGUUCGAGGCAACAGAGUUCCAAGGGGGACUUCAAUAAGAGAACAAAUAAUAAUUGGAACACCAGGGACCUUGCUAGAUUGGUGUUUUAAGCUAAAGCUUUUUAAUAUGAAGAAGAUCAGAGUGUAUGUGCUGGAUGAAGCAGAUGUCAUGAUUGAUAAACAGAAUUUCUUGGAUCAGAGUGUUCGUAUCCAGAGAGCUUUGUCUUCCGAUUGCCAGCUGCUUCUCUUCUCCGCAACCUUUGAGCAGCCUGUGCUAAGGUUUGCCCAGCGCAUCAUCCCUGAGCCCAACGUCAUUUCCCUCCGCCGAGAGGAGCUGACCCUCAGCAACAUCCGGCAGUAUUUCUUUGAGUGUGAGAACAAGGAAGACAAAUUCAGGGCCCUGUGCAACAUCUACGGCAGCAUCACCAUCGGCCAGGCCAUCAUUUUCUGCCAGACUCGCUACAAUGCUAAAUGGCUGUAUCACGCCCUAAGAAAUGACGGGCACCAGGUGUCCCUGCUGAUCGGGGAGCUGACAGUUGAACAGCGGGCAGAUGUGAUCCAGCAGUUCCGCGAUGGGAAAUUCAAAGUUCUCAUCACAACCAACAUCUGCGCCAGAGGCAUUGACGUGAUGCAGGUCACCAUCGUGGUCAACUUUACCUUGCCUACCACAGUGUUCCGGGGCCCUGACUUUGAGGCCUACCUCCACCGCAUCGGUCGAACAGGCCGGUUUGGGAAGAAGGGUCUGGCGUUCAACAUGGUGGAAAGGCAGAACUUGCCUCUCCUGCUGGAGAUCCAGAAUCACUUCAAGAUCUUGAUCCAGCGCCUUGAUCCAGAGGAUAUGGAAGCGCUAGAAAAAAUAGAAGACUGA